AUCGGCGAGCGGAUCCGGGGGCAGCGAGUCGUCAGCCGCCGCGCUCGAACCGCCGCCCGCACCGAGCAGCGGGACCCGGGCCGCACCGGGGAGGGGCCGCUCCGGGCCGCAGCGCGAGGGCAGCGAGGGGCGGCGGGGACCCGGCACCGGGCGGGGCAGGCGGCAGCGACCAUGAUCGCUUUGUUCAACAAGCUGCUGGACUGGUUCAAGGCCCUGUUCUGGAAGGAGGAGAUGGAGCUCACGCUGGUCGGGCUGCAGUACUCGGGCAAGACCACCUUCGUCAACGUGAUCGCGUCAGGACAGUUCAAUGAAGAUAUGAUCCCCACUGUGGGAUUCAACAUGCGCAAAAUCACCAAAGGGAAUGUGACCAUCAAGCUCUGGGACAUUGGGGGACAGCCCCGUUUCCGCAGCAUGUGGGAGCGUUACUGCCGAGGCGUGAGUGCCAUCGUGUACAUGGUGGACGCUGCCGACCAGGAGAAGAUUGAGGCGUCCAAGAAUGAGCUCCACAACCUACUGGACAAACCCCAGCUGCAGGGCAUCCCGGUCUUAGUCCUGGGUAACAAGCGAGACCUCCCGGGAGCAUUGGAUGAGAAGGAGCUGAUUGAGAAAAUGAAUCUGUCUGCCAUCCAAGACAGAGAGAUCUGCUGCUACUCCAUCUCCUGCAAAGAAAAGGACAACAUCGACAUCACCCUACAGUGGCUUAUUCAACACUCAAAGUCACGGAGAAGCUGA